CCAUUUAUUUAAAUGAGCACACUCGAUAAGAAUAGAGAACUUCUCUGCUUUAGCUUAGAAGAUCAAACAAACUAUCUAAUCGUACGUCAAUAAAUUCUCGAAGUUCUUCAGUUUUUUAAUCUGGUACAAUAGAUGGCUUAAUUCUGCAAUCUCAUGUUUUAUUGGCUGAAUGUUGUUAUUGAGACAGUAUGAGUGAAGGCUACGGUAAUGCAAGUGCAAGCUCCAGCUCAAGCUUGAAUAGCAGUUUCCAAGAUACAGAAGAUGAUCAAGCCAUAGCAACCAUCUUAGCAGAAGAGAACUUGCACAACAAUGGAAAGCUUGGGAAAAGGCUCUCUCAUCUGGAUUCCAUUCCGCACACUCCUCGUGUCAAUGGGGAAAUACCUGAUGUGAAUGAUGCGACCUUAGAUCAUGAACGACUUUCUGAAAGGCUGGCUACUUAUGGUUUAGCUGAACUGCAAAUCGAGGGUGAUGGAAAUUGCCAGUUCCGAGCACUAGCAGAUCAGCUGUUCCGCAAUCCAGACUACCACAAACAUAUUAGAAGGCAGAUUGUCAAGCAGCUAAAGCAUUCCAAACAGUUGUAUGAAAGUUAUGUUCCAAUGAAGUACAAAAGCUACCUGAAGACGAUGAAAAAAUCCGGGGAAUGGGGAGAUCAUAUCACUCUGCAAGCAGCUGCUGACCGAUUUGGAGCCAAAAUUUGUCUUGUCACCUCUUUUCGUGACACUUGCUACAUCGAGAUCAUGCCCAAACAAGAAACUCCUACUAGAGAAGUUUGGCUGAGCUUCUGGAGUGAAGUGCAUUACAAUUCAUUGUAUGCAAGUGGAGAUGUUCCCACCAGAGCAGCAAGAAGAAAGCAUUGGCUUUUUUAGAAUUAAUUAUGUAUAUGGCAAACUUCCCUGUUUAUAUCUGUUAUCUGUAUAUUUUCUUUACCUCUGGUUUGCCUUCUAAACUAGAGAGUCUGCUGUUGUAAAACUUUACUAUUUGAUAACUAAAAUUUUAUUGACAUGCAAAUAAUUUACAUUCAGAAAAUAUAUAGAAAGUAUUGAC